CAAUGAUAAAGCACGUCUGAAAAUGACACCCUCUCUCUCUCUCUCUCGAGUGUGUGUGUGGUUUCCUAUAUAUUGAGCUCUCUAGAGCCGCUCUUCUCAACCUUCCUCUCUUUGCAAACCACUUCUUCCACUUAUCUUUAGCUUUAUUUCUUCUCUUUGCGAAGUGUUCUCUCUUUGGGCAUCACUCUCUUCCUAGUUAUAGUGAACUGAAGAAACCUUCCUCAUGGCUCCCAACGAGGUUGUCCUAAAGGAGAGAGAAGAAAAUUUUAGUCCUACAGAUGCUACAGCUGUGAAUACAAACAGCGAUGGAAACAGACAGAGAAAAGCGACUCUUAAAAUUAAGAAUUGCCUCACUUGGAAGACGUCAGGCGGCUGGAAGGCUGCAAGCAUCUUGCUUGCCAAUCAAGUCCUGGCUACGCUAGCUUUCUUUGGAGUUGGCGUGAACUUGGUUUUGUUCUUAACUAGAGUUCUUGGUCAAGACAAUGCUGUUGCUGCCAAUAAUGUAAGCAAGUGGACUGGAACAGUCUAUUUAUGCUCUCUCAUUGGAGCUUUCCUCAGUGAUUCCUACUGGGGCCGUUACUUGACCUGUGCACUUUUUCAGCUUAUCUUUGUUCUGGGUUUGGUUCUCUUAUCACUGUCGUCUUGGAUUUUCUUGAUCAAACCGAGCGGCUGCGGCGAUGAGGUCGUAGCUUGCACGCCAGCGUCGCCUGUUGGUAUAGCCAUAUUCUACUUGUCGACAUACUUGGUUGCCUUUGGAUAUGGUGGACACCAACCCACUAUAGCUACAUUCGGAGCAGAUCAAUUUGAUGAACAGAACCCUAAAGAAAAGAGCUCAAAAGCAGCUUUCUUCUGCUACUUCUAUUUUGCACUCAAUUUUGGAUCUUUAUUCUCAAACACCAUUUUGGUUUAUUAUGAAGAUUCUGGUGAAUGGACACUUGGGUUCCUGGUAUCAUUAGGCUCUGCAGUCAUAGCCUUAGUAUCAUUUUUGCUGGGGACUCCUGGGUACAGAUAUGUAAUACCUUGUGGCAACCCUUUGCCGCGAGUUGCUCAGGUAUUUAUCGCUUCAGCUAAGAAAUGGGAUGUGAUUCCUUCUAAUGCUGAUGACUUGUAUGAAGUAGAAGGACCAGAAUCUGCAAUCAAAGGGAGCAGAAAGAUUCUUCACAGUGCUGAGUUCGAGUUCUUGGACAAGGCAGCAACGAUAACAGAGGAUGAUCUGAUGCGCCAAAAUGAUCCAUGGAGGCUCUGCACCGUAACUCAAGUUGAGGAGGCCAAAUGUGUCCUAAAAAUGUUACCCAUUUGGCUAUGCACUAUAAUUUACUCGGUUGUCUUCACACAGAUGGCUUCCCUCUUUGUCGAGCAAGGAAAUGUCAUGAGCUCUAACAUUGGAAACUUUCACAUCCCAGCAGCUAGCAUGUCAGCUUUUGACAUCUGCAGUGUCCUUAUUUGCACUGGAAUUUAUAGCCAAAUCCUGGUGCCCUUAGCUGGAAAAUUAAGGGGCAAUCCCAAGGGCUUAACAGAGCUUCAAAGAAUGGGAAUCGGGCUCAUUAUUGGAAUGCUCGCAAUGGUUGCAGCUGGUGCCACGGAGAUUGAGAGGCUCAAACAUGUAACUCCAGGCCAAAAGAUAAGCUCUUUAAGCAUAUUUUGGCAAAUCCCACAAUACGUACUUGUGGGAGCUUCAGAAGUUUUCAUGUAUGUAGGUCAGCUAGAGUUCUUUAAUGGGCAAGCUCCAGAUGGGAUAAAAAGCUUUGGAAGCUCACUUUGCAUGGCUUCAAUCUCUCUCGGAAACUACGUCAGUAGCUUGCUGGUUAAUAUGGUAAUGGGGAUUACAGCUAGAGGUAAGAAUCCAGGAUGGAUCCCAGAUGACUUGAACGCAGGCCAUAUGGACAGAUUCUACUUCCUGAUUGCAGUGCUUACAGCUUUUGAUUUUGUCAUCUACUUGUUGUGUGCAAAUUGGUACAAGCCUAUCAACCUCCAUGGGAGUGAGAAAGAAACUGAAAUGGAGAAACAAGAAGAUGAUGUGCUGGGAAAAGUUUGAUAUAAUUGAUAUAAAGUCUGUUUUCUCUUUGUGCAAGUAUGGUUUUGAAAAAUGCUAGGGGCUUUUUUGCUGUCUGAUUAUAAAUAAGAAGUAAUUGUUCAGGAUGAUCUCCAUUGUUGCAAGAAGGACGCAUGACCUUUACUUCUUUAGGGAUGAUUGCUUCCUUCUCAGGACACUUGGUGGAUUUGAUAUGUUGUUUUAGCUAUGUUUGCUUUUCUAGCAUAUUGAAUGGAUAUUGUGAAAUUGAAUUUUUUA